UAAAUUAACUCUAAACGUAACUGCAUAUUUUCAGGAUGCAAGGAGUGUCUUGAUAAGUGAGUGAUCUUCAUUCUAGUCUAACAGCAAGGUACCAGUUUGUAGUUCUGCUGCUGCUGCGGCUGGUGCUGAUGAUGAAAACAUUAUACUGUAUACUCUACCCAUAUCGCUUAUUUGGAUGAAUGCACCACAAACCACAUCGUUUCAGAGGAAAGAACUUUAAUGAAAUCUGAAGAUUCACACAAAAUGCUGGAGUAACUCAGUGGGACUGGCAGCAUCUCUGGAGAGAAGGAAUGGGUGAUGUUUCGGGUGGAGACCCUUCUUCAGACAUCUGCAGUUCCUUCCUACAUGUGAAUGAAAUCUGGUUGCUUUACACAUCACACCAUUGCUGAUAUCAUGGGGUUAGAUCAUACUAAGUUGUACCUGUCUUCAACUGCACUGCAAUAUUUUUCUCCACACUAAGAGAAUUAAUUCUUCGGCCCAGGUUUGAGAUUAGCGUUCCAGCAGUUAAUUAUUAAACCUAUUUUCUCUCUCUCAUUUAGCAUCAUGUGGUGAUACAAUCCUCAUAACCCAGUGGUGGAAAAGUGUUUAACAUUUAUUCCACGGGUGUUGUUCAAAUAGUAGACCCAAAGAAAUCAAAAUGCUGAUGUGGAGCUUUGUUCUGGUUAGAAUCCUAUUGAGGGUUUGCUUAGCUUCUGGACAUUCUGAACAUGUUGCAGCAAAAUCUUGGCAGGGACAAGGUACUCUGCAUAACUUGGAAGAGAUCAUAAUUGGCAGAUGCUACAACUAUAUCAGAGUAAUAAAUCCUACUGUGGGAGAGAAGAACUGCUCGGCAAUCUGGGAAGCAUUUCAAAAAGCCUUUGUUUAUAAAGACCCAUGUAAUGUCAGUCCUACAGAUUAUGAGGCUUUUAUCAGGCUGGCAAUUCACAAGAUACCCCAAAAUAAGGCCUUAUUCUGGGAAAACACCAAGCUUCUUGUACACAGAUAUGCAGAUAGAACCAGAAGGAUGAUGCCCCUGGGUGACACUCUGAUUGGCUUAUUGGCAGAUGACUUGGACUGGUGUGGACAGCUCGACGCUCCAGGCAUCAAUUUUCAAUCCUGCCCUUCAACAACUGAAUGUGAAAAUAACCCAGUGAAUUCUUUUUGGAUAAUAGCAUCUGAGACUUACGCAAAAGAGGCAGAGGGAAUUGUGAGUGUGAUGCUGAAUGGCUCCAUUUCCACUGGAACCUUUCCUAAAAAUGGUUUUUUUGCAGAAUAUGAGCUCCCCAAUUGGAAUAAGAGCAAAAUCUCUGAAGUAAGGAUUUGGAUCAUGGACAACAUCAAUGGACCUGAUAGAGAGUCGUGUGGGACAGGCACUGUUGAAGAGCUUGAGGAAAUACUAAGAAGACAACAUUUCAACUACUCUUGCAUUGACAAUGUCAGGACUAUUCGCAUCCUGGAAUGUGUAGAUUUUCCAAAUGAUGCAGCCUGCACUUGUAUAUAGCUACAAGAUGAUUUAAUGUCUACUGAAAUAAUUUCUCAAAAACCCCUAUUCUGUUAUGCAUUUCACAUGCACAUUAAUGUCAUUACAAAGACAUUUGUUUUUGACGUAUUGUGUUUGCUUCUAUGGCAUUGAUAAAAUUGUAUUAAAAAAAAUAAAAAAUAUAUUACCAAAUUUUUAAAGAUCAAAAUGGUUCUUGUUUA